AUGGUUGAGAUUAAGGAUAAGUGUGCCAACUUACCCCUAAUCUCGACCACUGUAGCCAUUUUAUGCGCUGUAGCUGCAGUGUCCAAUGCCGGACUUCUUCCUGCAGCUGUGAACUACUCACCUGCAGCUGUCUCCUCUCAAAGUACCGUGCGUCAUGAUCAAACACGAGCAGUUGCCACGAAAUAUGUAGCGCCUGCACCUGUGGCCAAGGUAGCCGUCGCCGCCCCCGCCUCUUACUACAACACCGUGCCUGCCACUUACUACAACGCUACCCCAGCUGCCGUUACUUACCACGCCGCACAAGUACCCGCAACAUACCACUCCGCCCCAUCUGCUGUCACCUACCGUGCUGCGCCUGCCCCUGUUUCGUACCACACCAGCCCCGUCCACUAUGCACCAUCUGUCGCUAAAGUUCUUACCCACCGUGAAGAGGAAAAUGCCUACCCAAAAUACGAUCUCUCAUACUCUGUCGCUGAUGGUCACACCGGUGACAACAAGUCCCAACAAGAGUCCCGAGACGGUGAUGUAGUGAAGGGAUCGUACUCGUUCCACGAGGCCGACGGCUCGAUCAGGACUGUGGAAUACUCUGCCGAUGACCACAAUGGCUUUAACGCUGUGGUGCUCAAAUCUGCCCCCACCGCUGCUCCAGCUAUCAUCAAGACUCCCGUCUGUGCCGCUCCCGCUCCAGCUCACUAUUACAGACAUUAA